AUGAUGUUUAUUAUGCUUUUAGUCGGAUACCUGGGCUCGUUCCUGGGCUUCUGCUUUCUGACUUUAGCGAUUGCAUCUGGCCUCUACUACCUGUCUGAAAUCGUCGAAGAACACACCGUUCUAGCAAAACGCUUUCUCCUGCGAGUAAUUUAUUUCGUCAUUGGACUACUAUUCUUGGCUUGGGCCGUGGACAGGUUGCCGUUUGGCCUGACGCUUCUGAGCAUUUUCUCCCAUGUCAUCUACCUCGGAAACAUGAGGAGAUUCCCUUUUGUCCAACUGACGGACCCUCUAUUUAUUGCCUCUUGUUGUCUUGUGAUGCUUAACCAUUAUGUCUGGUUCCGACACUUUUCUGCCCUCCAGAAGGAAUCGUACCGUAACAUGACAUCCUACUAUGACCGUCCCGAUGUUCCCAGCUUCACACAGAUUGCGUCCUUUUUCGGAAUCUGCGUCUGGCUCGUCCCGUUCUCCCUUUUCGUGAGCUUGUCUGCAAACGACAAUGUCCUGCCUACCAUGGGCUCCUCGGAACCUCGUAUUGGUGGAGAUGUCAAGGGCCGGAGGCAGGGACUCGUCAAGGCCGUUGUUGAUGGCGUUUUGGGUGCAAUUGGCCAGAUCACUGGUCAAGGUGAGGGAAGGCGAGAUGUAUAA